GCAGCCGCUGCCUGCUCUUCUCUCCUGUUUCCAGAUACUCAGAAUCUGCUCACCUUCACCACAAAGCCAAGAUGCUGGUCUUACUAGCUGGAAUCUUCGUGGUCCACAUUGCCACAGUCAUCAUGCUGUUCGUUAGCACCAUUGCCAAUGUGUGGGUGGUCUCGGACUAUGGAAGCUCAUCUGUAGGUCUUUGGAAAAACUGUACCGAUGGCAACUGUGUAUCUCUAAUGUAUGCCGAUCAAGAUUCCCUCAAAGCUGUGCAGGCCUUCAUGAUCCUCUCCAUCAUCUUCUCCGUUGUCUCUCUCCUGAUUUUUGUGUUCCAGCUCUUUACAAUGGAGAAAGGAAACCGCUUCUUCCUUUCAGGGGCCACCAUGCUUGUGUGUUGGCUAUGCAUCCUGGUUGGGGCGUCCAUCUAUACCAACAAGUACGCCUACAGAAACAACAACCCCACUUACACGAGUAGCCACCAUGGCUAUUGCUUCAUUCUCACCUGGAUCUGCUUCUGCUUCAGCUUCAUCAUCGGCAUCCUCUACCUGGUCCUGCGGAAGAAAUGA